CACCGCUUCUCCAUGCUGCAGAAAUCCACUUUCAGUACAGAACCUUUGACAGCCAACUUGAAGCUUCUAGGCCCUGGUGCUGAAUCAGUCAUAAGGCCUUUACUUACGGUGUGCCAUUUUUAGUAUCUGGCAGAAAGGCCUAUGGACCCAGUCAAGCAUCAAGGCCCAGAUUGGACUGCUACCAUGCAAAACAUUCCUGGUGAAGUUACCCUAUAAGUUAUACACAUUUUGGGUACUUCUUAGUUUUCCCCUUUAUUUCAAUAAAAAGUGAUCACAAUUAUGGUGGCCAACUGAAGGCUUUACCAGUGGCAGCGCCAAGGUAGGCUUGAUUUGGUGUGGUCCUGAAGGCAUCAAAGGGUUUAUACUUCCAUGUUUCUUGAUUAUUUGGAUUGCACUGAGUUCCUGUGUGUACAUUGAGGUUGUUGCAGAGAACAGGGGGUUAACCUUUGUAGUGUAAGGAUGCUUUGCCUGUAAGAGCAUGGUCACAUAUCCGUCCUUCAAUAUACUGCUCCGGCCCCUUUUUCUGGGAUAGGAGGAGGUACUUCCCUUUGUGAAAUGUAGUGUAGUCCUGACCUCGGUCAGAGGAGCACAUGGGGCUCAGGAGCUCCUGUUACCAGACAAGAAGUUUGCCACAGGGUGCUUAGUAAGGUCACCAUUUAUCCCAGUCAUGUCCAAGUCUGCUAGCGGGUCCCACUGUCCUUUUUCCUGUGACCAAAUUGAGCUCAAGCUAUCAGAAUUACUCCAAUCCGUUGUAUUCCUUCUCUUCAAGUAUCCAGCACUGAAAUCUCACUGUGUGCAGGAGGCAAUGACAAACCUUGUCAACCGAGUCCGAGAUGUAAAUGCACAUGUUGCGCCUGCAGAGGGUCAGAAAAGGUUUAGUGAAAUAUUUCGAGACCUGGAUGCCCUGGAGAUAGGCCUCGGGAAUGAGACUGUCGACAUGUUCUUAAAUGACUCUGCGCCGGAGCACUCCGAGAUGCAGCAUGAUGAAGAAGAACCACUGAUCAGCACUCCUCUGGAAAUAAACCGAACAACAAACGACCGGGAAGGCCUAGCCUCAUCUACAGUGGAAGCUGAUGACAUUCUCAUAAGUAAUGAAGGAGGAGUGGAGUGUGCCCUCAGCUAUGCCAAAAACUGGUGUAAAUAUGUGCGGGAAGUGCUGGGGUACAUUGAGAAGAAACUCAGCUAUGAGUCCGAAUUUGCCAAGAACAUCAUCCGAUUGUGUGAAUCUGCACGGAACAGCCUCACCCAACAGACAUGCAUGCCGCUACAACAUGUCUACAUCCCCCUCUUGGACCAUGAAGCUCACACUGGAAAUGUAGCCCUUGAAACAGUGGCCCUGCUUCAGAUGAAAAAGUAUUGUCAACCUUUAUUAGCAAAGAAGACAGAGAUCGAGAAGUGGAGAAAGGAGUUUAGAGAGCAGUGGCUCCGAGAACAGAAAAAAAUGUCCGAUUCCCUGAGCUCAUUGCGUAAGGCCCGACAACAGUAUGUUCAGCGCUGUGAAGACCUGGAGAAAGCCAAGCAACUCAGUGCCAAGAUAGAAGAAGAGCAGAGCACGGGAACCUACCCUGGCAGUGCCAGCAAACUUCUAGAGAAGCGCAGAAGGUCCCGGGAAGAGGCUCAGAUCAAGGCACAUGAGGCUGAGGUUAUGUACAAAUCCUGUGUGACAGAGGCAAAUGCCCGCAGUGAGCAACAGGAGAAGGUCCGGCAGAGGAUCAUAUCCCACGUCAGGAAACUCAUUAACCAGGGGGACCAGGUGAUGAAGGAGGUGACCCUGAACCUUAUGCGUAUGAAGCGUUCACAGUGCGAAUCUGUACCUACCGGAUACGGUAACUUGCUCAGCCUGUGUGAACCAUAUGAAGUCGGUGAACGGUAUCUUCAAUUCAUCUUGGCUCUACCGCGAAAGCAUAUAGAGCCUGAUAAAUUCGCUUUCCAGGAACAUGCCCCUGCGAUCCAAAGGUCAUCACCCAGCGGCAAAAGAAAAAAUGCAGUGCAACUGGUCCGAGUGUCGUCUUCCUUGUCUGACCUCAAUGUCAAAGUGGAUGAGACGGGAACAAGGAUAAUACCAGGAGAACGAGGCUCUUGGGGCAACAAGAUUCUGUCCAGUGACUCUGACAGUGUAGGAGGCAGCAAUGAGCUCAGAUCUCAAGAAUCUCCAGUGGAAGGUCCAAUUCAUUAUGUGAGGAGAGUAGCCAAAGCUUCCUCUACGGGGACCAUGUCUUCUGAUGACCUGGAUGAGAGAGAUUCCUUCCACGCCGAGGACGUAGACUCCACAGAUGCCUCCUCGGAGAACGGCUUACACCUGCACAGCACGGACAAGCUGGUCAUGUCACCGGCUGCCCAAAGCCACCGAAUUCGACGUGUAAGAGUUCCAACGAAAUGCAGAGAGUGUGAAAACUUCAUGGUUUCCGGAUAUGAGUGUGAGGAGUGCUACUUGACUUGUCAUAAGAAGUGUAUGGAGACCUUACUGAUCAAAUGUGGUCAUCAGAAAUUACCCCCCAAAGUACAACUGUUUGGGAUUGAUUUCUGUCAGUUCCCGAGACACUUUCCUGAGGAGGUGCCCUUCAUUGUCACCAAAUGUACUUCUGAGAUCGAGCUACGGGCACUGGGACAACAGGGUCUGUACCGUAUCAGUGGGGCCAAAGCUCGUGUGGAAAAACUUCAGCAGGCAUUCGAGAAUGGCAGAGAACUUGUGGAUUUGUCAGGACAUUCACCUCAUGACAUCACCAGCGUCCUAAAACACUUCCUGAAAGAGCUCCCAGACUCUGUGGUGACCCAUUAUCUAUAUGAGAAGUUUAUGGCCUUUUCAAGAGACUUCCCUGAAGAAAAGAAUGAGCCAGAAGUUCGACAAGAGGCCAUUCAGCAAAUGAAGUAUAUUCUAUGUCAGCUUCCAGCCAGUAACUACAACACACUGCGCCACCUGACAGCGCACUUGUACCGAGUUUCAGAAAGGUUUGAGGACAACAAGAUGAGUGCAAAUAACCUUGGAAUCAUCUUCGGGCCCACACUAAUUCGCCCAGCGCCGGAACAGGACAAACCUAUGACCUGCUUGUUAGAUUCUGGAAACCAAGCCCAAGCUGUGGAGUUCCUCAUCAAUAACUAUGAAAAGAUAUUUGGGAUGGAUGAGCUACCUGCAGCAGGACGUCAAGAAGUGACCGAAGACACGUCUGAGGCCGAAAUGGAUGAGUCAAUGAUAUCUGAGGAUCCUGCGGAGGGCGCUGACUACUGUGCUGAUGUAUCAGAUUUCGAUGGAAAAGAUGGUGAACGAGCCUAUCCAGGAGAAGAAGAAGAUGAUCCGAGCCUCUCCGACAGCUUAACAUAUUCCAGGGCUCACUUUAGUCGUAUGCCCGUGAAGUCUCCGCGUGGUGAACACAUCAAGACAUCAAGUAGCGAUGCUGGAACCGAAGUGUGAGGUUGAGACUUCUUAUCCUGUAGGAAGUUGUACGAAAACCAUGAGGAGAAAACCCAAGUUGGAGAUCUUUUUGAGAAACUUUUCGUUGGCCUUCAUGUAAGGAACAAUCUGGAGUCCUUCUAAAAUAGAUCCAGAUGUAUUUUUUUAAGACUUAUUUCUCAGGUUUACUUGUAAAAUCCAAUACUGAACCUCACACUCUACAUGGAAAUUACCAAAAAAUGAACAACAAAUCGGAGAAACAUGGUGGAAGACCCACCUAAUAAGAUCUUCGAGAAGAGUCUAUGGAGACUUAAAGACUCGUAAGUUGUGAGAUACUGUAUAUUACACAUCCAAGAGUGAUAUAAGAGUAAUAUUUAUAGUCAAAAGAAACUUAUGUUCUUGAAGAGGUGACAACGGGAGGUCUUUCCCUACUGAACAGGACAAUCCUUGUUGUCCUCACUGGAGCUUACAGAUGAUCAUGUUUGUCCUUCUGACCAUUGGGUCAUGGGAUAUGGUUGGCUUGCACAGAACAUAUGAUCGUUAUAUAAGUGUUAAUGUGUCUCCAAUCCAACCAGUGUUCCAAAAUGAUAUCUGGAAAGAUGACAAAUUCCUGUGAAAAAAGGGUAGGAGCUCCACUCAAGGGAUGGUCCUGCAGGACUCCUGCUAAUGGGAACAGUGUUCCAACUGCGGAAAAAGUGCAGGAACUCCGUUCCCAUGCGUUUUUGCAGAACCUGAGCCCUGAAUUUUCCUAUGCAAAUAGGCAUGUGCAUUGUUGGGGGAAUCUAAAUGAGCGUCCAUAUACUGCAGUGUUCCCCACCUUGUGACGCUCCAACUCUAAUCAUGCCCUGACAUCUCAAGGCAUGCUGGGAGUUGCAGUUUUGAAGCACUUGGAGAGCCACAGGUUGGGGGACACACGUUGCAAAACUACAUCUCCAGACAUGCCCGGACAGCCUUUGGCUUUGGCAUGCUAGGAGUUGUAGUCUUGCAACAUGUGGAGGUCCAUAGUUUGGAGACCACCGAUAGAGACAAUGGACAGGGCGGUAGUACUUCUACGGUUCUUUAAAAAUAAAAAUGAAAAAUGAACAAACUUGGCUUUGAUGGAAUGAUAAAAUAAUGGAAUAUUUUUUUUUCUUAUUUAUUUGUGCAAGGAAAUUAGCUUUUGUUGUAUCCUAUUUUAUAUUUUUCUCUAUUGUACAGAGCUGAUGACAUAUGUGAUGUUAUGUAUAAAUAUCUAUAUCUA